AAGAGAGAGAGAGAGAGAGAGCGCUUCUCCUUCUUCCUUCCACGUUCCAAGCUCGAAGCUUCUCACCUUAUAAUCUUAUAUACAUUCCCGUCUCCAUUCAUCAGCCUCGCUCUCUCUCUCUCUCUCUGCGACUGUAAUGGCUCUCGUCAACAGGCUCGCUUCCUCCGUAGCUUCACCUCGUCUUCGACCGACCUCCUCCCCCGCUCAACCCCGAAUCUGCUCCCUCCGCUACACCCCCUCCUCCAGUCCUCCUCCUUCUUCUUCGCCGUUCACCGAGAAACACUCGCCGGAGAGGUACCGCCGCGACGGGUGGCUCUACAGCGACUCCCUCUGCCAGGCCCCUCUCCCCUCCUCCUCCUCCUCCUCCUCCGGCUCCGAUCCCGACUCCCUCAGGCGGGACGACAUCGCCCUCCAGCUGCCGGAGCUGAAGAACCUGCUCCGGGUGCUCAAGGACAAGAGGGAGCGCUCCUGCCGCUGCGGCGGCCAGAAAUGCGUGCCCGGGAACGUCUACUUGGUGGGGACCGGGCCCGGCGAUCCCGAGCUGUUGACUCUUAAGGCGGUCAGGGUCAUCAAGGGCGCCGAUUUGUUGCUCUACGACCGGCUGGUGUCGAACGACGUGCUGGACUUGGUUGGCCCCGCCGCGAGGCUACUCUACGUGGGAAAGACUGCUGGGUACCAUAGCCGCACUCAGGAGGAGAUCCAUGAGUUGCUUCUCAAUUUCGCUGAGACGGGGGCUACUGUUGUUAGACUCAAAGGAGGUGAUCCUCUGGUAUUUGGGAGAGGUGGGGAGGAGAUGGACUUUCUGCAACAGCAAGGCAUUCAAGUACAAGUUAUACCAGGCAUAACUGCUGCUUCAGGAAUAGCGGCAGAGCUGGGAGUCCCAUUGACUCAUAGGGGUGUGGCGAACAGUGUUAGAUUUCUCACGGGACAUUCGAGGAAAGGUGGAACAGAUCCUCUGUUUGUAGCUGAAAAUGCAGCGGAUCCUGAUUCUACUUUGGUGGUUUAUAUGGGCCUCUCGACUCUCCCUUCCCUUGCACAGAAGUUAAUGCAUCAUGGUUUACCACCCAGUACACCAGCUGCUGCAGUUGAGCGUGGAACCACCCCCCAACAACGUGUGGUUUUUGCUGAAUUGAAGGAUCUUGCUGAUAAAAUUUCUGCUGAGAAGUUGGUCUCACCCACAUUGAUCGUCAUUGGAAAAGUUGUCGCACUUUCACCAUUCUACUCAGAGUCUUUCGAGGAUGCGUCUAUGUUAGUAGAGGCUAAAUGAUGCAUUCCCAUGUAAAGAAGUAAUCAUACCUUCAGAGGGUUUUGGUGGCUCAAGCCUGAGAUUAUCGCACCCACUGAGCGAGCUCAAUCAGUCUCGUGAGUGGGGGCGCAUUGGACAAAAAGAAAUUUCCUCCAUGAUAUUUAUUCCUACGGCCGGUGUUUAAGUUCUGCGGAAGCUAACAACAUAGGUGACUCGUGUUGGCUAUUGAAGUGGAGGAAGUGUCGGAGACCUCCCGAAGCACUGCUAUGCGCUAACAAGUAGCACCUCUGUUGGCCAGGAUUAACCUGAUGAAAGGCAUUGAGUUUUGGAGUGGAGGUGUGCCGACUGAAUUUUGUGAGGCGAUGUGCAGCUUUGCGUCCAUUGUUUUCGCGAAUGUAUUAUGGUUAUUUAUCAAGGAAAUUUGUUGUUAUCAUUGUUGUCGUCGUAGUUUCACCAUGUGCUGGCUUCUGGUCCUCAGGAAUCUCCCCUCUUAAAACUCCCUCCGGCUGCCCUCAGCAACUCAAUUCAAAUGUUUAGUUAGUGUUACCCUUUCCAAACUUUCCUGUUCCUGUACUUUUCCUGUUCUA